CGUCCGAUAUAUUCCUGACUCCUAAAGACGCACCGGCCAUUUAGCGAAUAUCUCUUCGAAAAGUUUUCCCCUGGCGUCUAGUAAAAUCUGCCAUCCCUGAUGCCGGUCAUUGCCAAAGCACUGUAGCAAGCAUGGUUUUGAUGACACGCCACGAUAGCCAUAGCCAGCCGCUUCAGCCAAGUUUAUGGUUUUUUGUUGCUCGCCUCCCCGAAACCCUAACACGAAGGCGGAAGCCAGCCCAUCUCCUCCAUGGGCCACCUGAUCCAGAGCCGAUGCUCCUCGUCCAGCAUGGCGUGGAUCUUGGAUAUCAAGUGCUCCGGCCAUCCUUGGAGCCACCAGUGGUUGGGCGACUUGUCGAGUAGCACGGUGAAGAAGGCCAGCAGCACCAUGGCCUCCUGGGUCGGCACUCUAAGCAGCGGCAGCAGCCCGUCCGUCACCUGGAACAGCCAUAUAAAGGCCAUGCGCAUGUCGCGCAACUCCCCGACCCCGGACGGCGCGGCGUACACGGCGAAGAUGCGCUCGAGCUUUUCGAUGGCGUCGAGGUACACCCCGACCACGUGGUCGUCGCCGUCGCCGCCCGCCGCCAGGGUCUUGAUGCUGGAUGCCACGUCGUCCAGGCGCUUCUUGGCGGGCGAGUCGGCGUCCAGCGUGGCGCCGGCUUGUGCGAGCCAGCGGCGUCCGCCGUCCUGGAGCAUCGGCGCCAGCUCCGUGGUCUUGCUCGUGUCGGAUAGGUAUGGGUGGAAGAGCUUCACACCGCGGAGCAGGAACAUCCAGUCGGGAAACCCGCUCUCCCCGACGAGGAGGAACUCUGAUUCUUGACGUGGUGCUGCUAGGGCUAUUCCCCCCCCGAAUCGUAAGUCAACUGGUUGAUUGGUCCCUUUUUCUCUCUUUCUUUUUUUUAUACCAGAAUUCUAGGUGAUAAAUCAUAGAUGCAAACGCGCAGGGGUCAUGCUUACAUACCGAA